CUCUCGCUGGAAACGACCCCCACUCCCCAUUCUCCUCUCCUGCCGCACUCCACGGCUGCACGCCUGCAAACGUAAAAAAAAGGCCAAGGCUAAUCAGCUCCAGCCGGUUCUAUUGGGCAUCGUUCCAGUAUCGUUCACCAAAGCAUCGUGUGCGAAGUACGGAGUACUUUCGAAAAAAGAACCCCAAGCGCCAGGCCCCAAGUCGACUGGGCUCUCCCAUCGGAUCCAAGCCGAAUAUGUCGUCGUCGGUCGGAGGCGGAGGGGGAGGCGGCGCGGCUUUGGCCGGAGGGGACGUCGCUGGCCUUCUGGACAAGGCCAAGGAGCUGGACCAGCUGCGGAAGGAGCAGGACGAUGUGGCCACCGAGAUCAAUAAGAUCCACAAGAAGAUCAUCUCCUCCCCAGAGAUGGUGGAUAAAUCAGUUGAUGCCAUGAUGGCUAGGCUUCGUGGUUUUUAUGUACAAGCAAGAGAACUCUCUGAGAGUGAAGUCAGUGUUUCAUCUGCUUUGGUUGGACUAUUAGAUGGUUUGUUGCAAUCUGGAGUUUCAGCUGCACCAAGAAAAAAGAUAGAAAUCAGUGAACAGAAAAAGAAGAGGAUGAAGUCUGAUACAGACACAACACGAUUUUCCUCUGCAUCUAUGAGGAGCCAACUUGACCAAGCUGCAAACCUUAAAGGAGAGCAGGUUGCAGCUAGGGUAAAAUCGGAUGAUGAAAAAGACGAGUGGUUUGUGGUGAAGGUUAUACAUUUCGAUAAGGAAACAAAAGAGAAAUACAAGUUGCCUAUGUCAUAUAUUAUUCCAUUUCCAAAGAAAGGAGAUCCGUCUAGUGCUCAGGAUUUUGGACAGGGUCGGCAAGUCUUAGCUGUUUAUCCUGGCACAACAGCAUUAUAUAGGGCUACCGUAGCCUCUCAACGUAAGCUUUGGCGGCCGCUUAGCCGCCCUCAGGACCGCGACGGCAUCUCCGCCUUCAUCGCCGACCUACGCUCGAUGGCCGUCCGUCUGUCGCCGCCGCCCCCGCCCCCGUCGCCCCCGCCGGAACCUGACUAGACGCUUGUCCCGCUCUCCGGCUUUUUUCUUUUAUUUUGUCUGGGCUUGUUGAGCUGUGCCCUCAGCAGAACCUCUGUACUUAUCUGUGAGACUUGGGUGUGUGUGUGUGGACUAGUUCUUGUAUGUGUGCUCUCCGGCGGUUUGCUUUAUUUAUAAAGCGGGGCGAAAGCCUUUUUCGGUAUUACCAGUGUGGUUACGAACAUGGCUGUGGGAUUGGGCGUAUGACACGCCUACUCUAGGACAGGUUGAUACUAGCUUGGUUCACCAUAGUUAAUGCGAGUACUACUGUGCAAAUAGUAUUAUGCUGUCAAUAUUAAUGCCAUUAAAGGUGUAAUAUAUUAGUAUUAUUUGUCCUGUUUAUAUACAUGCUUCAGCAUUGUACGGUCAUUCCAUCUGGGUGGCAUAAACAUGAUUUUUACUCGGUUAAUUCCUUGGCAUGUAUGAAGUUUGUGGAAGCCGUAUGUGCUGUUUAAAAUCACCAAGUUGCUGUUAUCCAUUUGUUCUAUCUUUUC